AUGAAUCCACAGCGACCGCCAGAUCAGCAGCCACGACAGCAAGAGCAUAUUGCUGGCAACUGUGGAAACACAGAGGCCAGUUCAACUCUAGUCCGGCGAAGACACAAAAGUGCAUCGGCAAGAGUUUCCCUGCGCUUGACCCUUAGGACUGCCCUUCCAGGCAGCACACAGGCUUCUCGCCAGGGUGCAGCAUGCAGGUUGACUCCCUGGACCAUUUCUCGACAGUCCACCCAGGACUCUGCACGCCAACAUUCUACUGCAACAUUCUCCAGUGAAGUUUCUUCUGCCGCAAGCGCCUCUUCUUCUCCUUCAGCAAAUAGCGUGCCUGCUGUUUCGGCUGCAGAGAACACGACGAAGCAGCUUCCUCACCUACCGCGGUGGCCCGAAACUUUCGGCUACAACGAAUCGUUCCCACAGAGUUGUGAGCAACCAGAGGGGCCUGAAACCUUGUCUGUGCCUGUCACGUCAUCGGCUGAGGCUGGCAGGGGAACUGCCUCUACCCCUUUGGAGAUCUACACGCCAGCGCAUCUGCAUAGCGAACUGUUCUGCUGCGCAGCGCAAGCGGGGGCAGCCGCAGAGGCUGCAGAAACUGUGGCUAACCCACCAGAGCUGCUUACGCCGCGCAGGACAGUUCGCCGUCACUUUAAUCUUUUGCAGCAGAUAAAUCUCCAAAUUGAAGCCCUUCACGGCAUCCUGCAUCUCUACAAAGACCUAGAACUGGAGACUUUUGCUGGCGGCAAUUCCAACAGCACGGGGAACGGGAGCAACGCCAUCUGCAGCAACGGCGCAUGUGACGACAACAACGGCAGCAGCGGUAACAGUGAAAACGAUUCCAGCGCAAACGGCCACCACACCAUCAGGCGUACUAACAAGCUGUGGCCCUUUUUGCUCUUACUGCAAGAGCAGAUGCACCUAUCAUAUGAGACUCUCCUGCAAACAACAAAUCUGCUUCCAAGUCUGUUGUACGAAGCGUUGUGCAGGCAUUGCGGGGCUGAGCAAACUGUCAAGGCUGAGCGAUCGCAACACCAGCAGCAGACGAAAGAAGGACAGCAGCAGCUGCAACAUCAGGGUGUGUCCCAGCAUCUUCCUGCCCAGGGCCACUCUCCAGCAGCUCUGAAAACACGAAGUAGCAGGAGACUAGCUUUUCUGGCAGAGAAGAAAGCCGCUGAAGCCGAGACAACAUCUGCUGCUUCAUCUAGAGCUGAACAAGCAACACGAAGGAGUGCUAAAGGCCUUGUGUUCAGUCCUGGACAGCCAUCUCGAGCAGACCCAAUCCACAGAACUGGAGCCGCCGCAGCAGCACUAUCAGUAGCCAAAACUGUGACCUACCAGAUGGAGCACCAUCAACGAGGAGCUCCUCCCAGUUGCAUGCAGAAGGCAUUUAGUACCCGAAAACGUGAUGAGCCCACCUUAAGCCAGUGGCCCGCUGGACCUGUUUUUCGCCCCCUCUCUGUUGCUGGUGGGAGCGUUCCCACAGAGGGGGGUAGAGAAUCUGUCGAUGAGAGGCAGCAUCAGCAGCAGCUGCAACAGCAGCAGCAAGCCAGCAACAUCAACGCCACAGCAGGGGAAUUGCAAGGACCGGAAAAGGAUGUCCUUCUGGAGCAGCAGCUUCACGAAGUGCAUCGGCAGCUACAUGCACUUCAGUGUGUGCAGCAACAACCACAGCAGCAACCACAGCCCAAAUGCCGAAGAACAGCUUAUUCGAAGCCCCAGCAACACCUGAAUCAUCAAUUACACUUAUCGCAGAAGCAGCAGCAACAGCAACGGGAAGAACCUCAUGAGCAGCUACAGCAGCUUCAGCUACAGCAUGUGCUCGAGGUUGCUACAGGUCAGCAGGCGGUGAAGUCGCUUCCUGUGCAGCACCCCCGCCAGCAGCAGCGAAAACAAGAGCGAAUGACGCAAGCCAACUCAAAACAAGCGAGCCACAUCUCACACCAGCAGAGGCAACAGCAGCGGAGACCAAGACACGAAAGGCUGCAACAAAGACAGCAACACCAUCAGUAUCGGAGACAAUCCCAGUCGCAACACCAGCUCCGAUUGCUGGAGCAGGAGCAACAACUCGAAAUUGUACGGCAAGAUAUAGAUGCAAUAGAAAAAUUUAUGCAUCAACAACAGCAGCUGUUCAUGUCUCACGAUGAACCCGAUUUGCAUCCGGCAGUUGAAGUAGUUGUGCACGAAGAAGUCUCCCCCCCUGCAGAGCUGCUGCAGGAGUUGCAAAACUAUCAGCAGGACCUCGAUAUUCAGCCGCAGCAGCAGCAGCAACAGCAGCUGCAGCAACAGCAGCUGCAUUUCCCAGAUGAGACGCCAUAUCAGCUGCCGACUGAAAAGCAGCUCGAAGGCCGCAUAUGUCUCCCGCUGGCUGUAGAAAAGCAGCAGCUGCCUGGGGAGAUGCCGGCAAGUAGACGGGAGGAGAGGCCACAGGAUAUGCAUCAGGCAUCAGCCUUGCAAGAGCAAACUCUGCUGUACGAAAUUGACAGUCUGAGGCAGCAGCAGGAGAAGGAGAGGCAGACAGUCUGGCUAGAGCACAAAGAUCAGCUGGAAAGGCUUAGGAAAUUGCAGUGUGAACAGAUGAAGCUGCAGCCACGGCUGUCUCUGGAGCAGUUGGCGGCGCAGCGGGAACGCCACGUGCAGCAAGGAGAAGAACUGCAGCAUCUUCACAGAUUGCAAUCAGCUGACAUUCGACGGAAACAAAGCAGAGAAAUGGAGCAGCUCAUUCGCAAGGUCAACGGCACCCUGGGCUUUCCCCAGCCCCCCGAACCCCCCACGCCCGCGUGGCCACAGCCGCGCGAAUACCUGAGAAAAGUGCAUGCAAGCCCUAUGAAGGACGAGGACAUCCACGCGGUGAUGCAGCAGCAGAUGCUGCUCAACCACGAGGAAGAGACUUUCCUUGUUGAACAGGAAAAAGAACGGCAAAAGAAAAUACAGACAGAAAAACAACUCUACAGGAAACGCAUGGCAGAAGCUGGACAUCAAAUUCCACAAGAGAAACCUAAAAGAAAACCUAUCAAACUUGUUGACACAGAACAUGUGGGGGGUUUCAACCAGCUGCAGCAGCUGCGGUUCCAAAUGGACGCUGAGGAUGGGCAGCAACAGCAGCAGCCGCAGCAGCAGCGGGGAGAAGAUCAGGGACCUCGAAAGCAAAAGACUAUAAGGGAUUUCAAUAAGGAGCAGCUGCUGCAAGAUAGAAAGAUGCACAAGCUUCGCGAGCACCGCUGGCCAGAGAAGGGCCUCCAACGAUUGAGAGAGAGGCAGCUGCAGGAGAAGCUGCGGUGGCUGCGGCACAAAGAGGGCGGCGUAAACAAUAAGGGCAAGCAAACGAAAGACGAGACGCAGGAAUCACAUACACGCACAGAACUGCAGAGCGAGAUUUCCUCGCAGCAGAAGACCAACUUCAUGAUGCAGCAGCAGAUGCUACAACAGGGACAGCGUAACGCUUGCUUGCAGGAACAGCCCACUCACACACCUGCAGCAGGGGAACCUCUGCAGCGGGAUGUUCAGUCCCCAUUGAAUUCUGCAGCAGCACAGCACCACCCUCUGUCACCUCAGCAGCAAAGUGCUGAUCACGUGCAAGAGGAAGAGCAGCAACGCACCCCGCUGUCGCAGCACCACGAGAUCUGUAUGCUUCCUCAGGAUAGUCAGGAGGAGCCCCUAGCACGUCCGCGACCGCGGCUGCUGCAGCAGGAGCAGCUGCAUUUGCUGCCUCCCCCAGCACUUUGCCAAGCACAUCAGACUGAUAGCGCAGCAGCCAGCAGCCAGGAACACCAACUCCCUGCAGAGCGUGUAACGCAGAGCGAAGAGCGGUUUGUAGAGCAUGGCUUGGCGAUGUACGGGCAAGAGAGGCAGCAGCAGCAGUUGCACGUCGAACAACCCCACAAAAACACAACGGGAACAGAAGGGGUCUGUACAGCAUUCGGAAUAACGCUUCACCUGCAGCAUCAACCCAAAGGGUUGCUGCAGUACGCUACACAAAGCAGCGCAUGCCAAGAGAUACACCUAAACAAGGAACCGGUGAAUCAGCAAAGUAUGGGAUCGGUCCAGAGCUCGAUGCAAAAGCAACAUUUUCAAGAGGAGCAAACGACGCUGCAGGAGGCACCAGCAGGGGCUAAGCCGCUGCAAGUUCAGCAGCAAAACCAACACCAGCGCCUGCUGCAGCAGUUGCAUAAAGCGCAUGCAGUUGCAACGCAACAGCAGCAACAGCAGCAGCCACGCGACUCUUUGCGCAGCACAGCAUCAUGGUCCCAGCAGCAAGAACUGCAGAAACAGCAUCAGCAGCAUCAGCAACAACAGCAGGAGUGGCAGCCUCAAAGUGAACCUCAACAGUUUGGAGAGCCACAACCGGGUGUUUGUCUCUCUGCUAACAAUGAGCAGCAGCAGGAUCCUAUGAUCGGCGGGCAGCAGCACCAGACACACCAGCAACCACUGGCACUGCAGAGUUGCAAUCUUGCCGCAGGCACCGUUGCAGAGCUGCAAGUGUCCACGCUGCAGCAGCAGCAGCAGCAGCAGCGGCAGCAACAGCAGCAGCCGUCCGACGCAUAUUUAACUACAGGACAAAGAACACUUACGGACACGACCCCAGCGGAACGGCAACAGCUGCUUCAGCAGCUGCAAAUUAAACAUGAGCAGAAGCGGCAGCAGCUCCAACAGAGGACGCCGUACGCGCUGCAGCAGCAGUUGCCACAGGCCCAAGAGUUGUCGCUGCAUCAGUUACACCUGCAGCGGGACCUGGACGUUCAGCAGCAACUUAACAUGCAGCAGCAGCUUCAAAUGCAGCAGCUACAGAUGCAGCAGCUGCAAAUGCAGCAUCAACAAGCGCAGCAGCACCAGUUUUUCCAGCAGCAGCAGCAAACAAUGCCGCGGAACCAAAUGUGGCCACAGCAGCAGCUUGAGCAGCAGCAGCAGCAGCCUCUUCAGGCUCAGCAAGAGCAGCAGCAAGAAUGUUUCAAGAAGCUGUUGGGCCUGCAGCAGCAUCCAGAAGCUCAGCAGCUGCCCCACGUGCAGCCGCAGCAGCUUCUGCAGGUCGUGGAGCAUCCCGUGCAGCCGACAGAAGCAACAGCAGCAGUGCAGAAGCACGAAGCGCAGUGUCAACUGACGCAGCAGCGGCAGCCCCUGCAGCACCAGGGGCAGCAAGAAGUACAGCCCGUGCAUGCGCGGCGGCAGCAACGGAUUCCUGUGCAGAAGACGGCUAACCAGCUGCAGGUGCCCACUCAGGAUAUAUUGAUGCUGCAGCGGCAGCAGCAGCUGCAGCAGCGGCAAUGCAUGCAGUGGCAGGGAUCGAGCUUGGAAGAGGCAUUGCUGCCGAUAGUAGAGCUCCCGCCGCGUCUCGCUGCCCAGCAGCAGCAGCUGCAGUUGAGGUCCAUGCCACAGACGCAGCUGCUGCAGCUGCCUCAGCAGCAGCCGCUGCAGCUAGGUCAAGUGGUGCGGCAGCAGCAAUCACUGCAGCACCUAGGAGAAGACCAGCAGCAAUCGGGUAGGACCCAGCAAGAUUUGCUGCAGCAGCAGUUCCUACGUAAGCAACAACUCCUGCAGCAACAACGUUUGCUACAGAUGCAGCGACCAGCGCAGCUUCAGCAGGAGCACCUGCUGGAGAGUCACUUACAAUUGCAGCAGCAGCUGCAGCAACAAACCCCAACUGGCGAACUGCAGCAAAUCAUGGGGCACGAGCAAGCACAGCUGCGCCGGCUGCUGCAUCAACUAGCUCAUAGCAAUCCGUGGCAAGCGACUCAGUCUCCGCCUCUGCAGCAGCAGAUGCAGAUGAAGCCUCCUGCUGCUCACUUCCCGCUGCAGCUGCAGAUAUCGCAGCAGCUCCAAAGGCUGCGCCUGCAGCACCAGCAGCAGCGCCAGCAGCAGCAGCAUAUGCCGCAGCCCAUACAAGCACAGCAGCAGGUGCAGCGGCUGCUGCAACUGCAGCAAUUGCACCAAAUGCAGCUAAUUCAACUGCCCCACCAUCUGCAGCAACUGCAGCAGAUGGGCCUCCCGCAGCAACAGCAGACAUCCAGUCUACUGCAGCAGCCAUCGUCUCCGCAUGCAACGACGCUGCAGCAGCAAGCGCAAUAUAUGAAGCAUGCUUUAGAGCGGCUGCAGUACCUGCACCAACAGCAGCAGCAGCAGCAGAAGCAGCAGCAGCAGAAGAUGCUUCAGGAGGAGCAGCUAGGAAACAAUGAACUACUGCGUGAUAGCGGCCUGAUGAGGAGUUCUUCUUCGCCUUCUAUUGUGCAGCAGCACCAGCAAGUGGGGGCACUUCAACAGCAGGUUGAGCAGCAGCAACAGUGCUGGAGAGAGAAACAGGCAAAGCAUCAAAAGCAGCAGGAGGGGCACCAAAUCUGGCGUCAGAUGCAAGAGCAGCAGCAAAUGCAAUCGGCGCAACUUCAAGACCUACAGGAAGCCCUGAGCCACGGAGAGGCCCCCGACGUCAUGUGGAGAGAGGCCAGGGUUCUGCUGCGGGCGCAGAUGCGGCUUCACCUGAGGCAGCUACGGUACAUUCAUCAGCAGCAACGGGAGGCAGUCGCGAAGAUGCAUGUGCAGCAGCGCGAACAGGUGGAGCAGCAGCAGCAGCAGCAUCUGCAACGGCUUGCAAGUACUGUGCUGCGCAUCAAGCUCUCGUGGCAUCACGACACCAUAAACAAAGUGUUGCGGCGGCAUCAGCAAAUGCAGCUGACGGCCCUAGACGAGACGCAGCAGGAGGAAGAACAGGUCCUGCAGCAGCAGCAGCAGCAGUUUGAACAGGUCGCUGCUGCAGAACCACAGAAUCUACCUGAAAAUCAGAAGGGGGUGCGGCGAGCGAUGCUGCUUCUUGCUCAGGGACCGUUUGUGCAGUGGGAGGAGGAGGCGGAGCCUUCGAAGGAACAGCCGCAACAGCAGCAGCAGCAGCAGCAGCAGCAGCAGCAGCAGCAGCAGCAGCAGCAGCUUCCGCAGGCCUCCCAAUGCCCUGAGCAAGAAACGAAGCGAUGCGCAGCAAUGGAGGUCUUGGAAAAGCUCCAGCGCACGCAAAAGGAGGGCGAGCAGCAGCAGCGACACGUGCAGAAGCAGCUGAAGGAGCAGCAUCAGCAGCAACUCAAGUUGCUGCAGCAGGCUCAGGGGACCGGGCUGCUGCACUGUGGAGAUGGAGGCAGCACACAGCAGGUCUUGAACAGCAUUCUAGGCCUCAUGGCUCACCAGGAAGACUUAGACACACAAAAAGCAGAGCUUCUCAACCUCGCAACAAAACAGCUACAAGCCCACCCCAGCACUAGCAGCAGCAGCAGCAGCAGCAACACUACCAAUAGGAGCUGCAGCAACACCAGUGGGAGUAUUAUUAAUAGCAGUGGCAGCGGCAGCAACACUGGCAACAGCAACAGCACCAGCGCCAUUACUAGCAACAACAGCAGCAGCAGCAGCACAACCGCCGGCAGCCAGAGCGUCAACAGCAGCAGCAGCGGCACGGCUAGUAGCAGCACAAAGUAUAGUAGCAACAGCAGUAAACCCUUGGGCCUGGAGGUGGGUUUCCCAGUAAAGCCGGAGGAGAAGACAGAUAAAAUUAUCACUCAUAGUUCUUCUCCUUCUUUGGGGAGGGGGGCAGACUGCUCCGCAGGUGGUGCAGCAGAUGUGGCAGGGGCAGCAGGUGCAGCUGCAGCAGCAGCUGCUGCUGCUGCUGCAGCAAUAGUGCCGCGUGCUUCGCGUUAUGCUGCAGCCUUGGGGAAGACCUUCAGGAGCUCUCACCUGCUGCCUCCGCAAGGCUCUAAGGGCCCUGAAAGCCUCAAGGGCGUCCCUUCUCCCCCCCUCUCCUCAGCCCCCCCCAGCAAGCAGAGAUUAGAUAGAACAGCCCUGGUGGCGCGGGUAGCCCACUUGCUGCAGCAGUCUGAUGCCUGCCUCGCGCUGCCUAGAGUGGAUACGGGUCCCUUUGCUGCAUUGAUAAAGUAUAUCAUGCCUGCUGAGGAGCACGGGGAGACGCUGCGGGAGCUGCAGCGGCAGCAGAAGCUGCACAACGAAUUGCUGCAGUCUCUUCGAUGCAUCACCAAUAAGACAGAACAAAUGCUCGCUCAGUACCCGGAACUUCUCGUUGAGGUCGCCUCCCUAAGACAAAAUACACAAGACAGAGACUUGCAAGAGCUUGUUCGCUUUAGCAGCCUCGAUACAAAAGCAGCAGUUAUCUCUCUAGCUACAGAUACUAUGAAAGUCAUAGCAGCAGGCAAAGAGGCCCCUCUGGUCUCCUCGCUGCAGCAGCUGCAGGAGGCGGGAGGAGACGGGGCAGCAGCAGAACACUUGGAAACCAACUGUCUCCUCAGAGGCCUAGACACUCCCCUUUCUCUUUUCUCUUCCACGGCAGACACACUUCUUCACGCCCCCCUUCUGCGCCUCUGCCCCCCCUCCCCCCUAAACCAAGUGUCUCCUCCUCCAGACGGUGUCUCUCCUGGUAAGCCGUACUUAGCUCCGCUUCAUGGGGGGCCCCCGCCACAGCAACCUGUGGGCCUCGAGGAGACAGAGGCUGAGGAGCUUCGCCCCUGCUCCUCCCUUCCAGCUGUCUCUUUGGGUGUCCCUUCGCUUCAUGCUGCGCGCCCCUAUGCAAAGCCAGAAGAGAAUCUAGAGCUCCUAGUUGGAGCUCCUGUCUCUUGCGGAGCAGCAGAAGCACAAGAGGGCCCAGGGGCUCCUCCAGAGGAUCUAGGGGCAACGCCUGGGGCCUUUGGGGCCCCCACAGGCUUCCCUCUCUGCUUUAGAUCGGAUGCACACGGGCUGUAUGCAUGCAGACAGAUCAGCCGACUGGAACGUCACUAUGUCGUUCAGCAGCAAGAACGGCUGCUGCUGCUGCAUCACCUUGAACAUGGAGAGCCGCACCCUCCCCCCAAGCCUCCUCGGGCUCCCCCUAGGCAGAGGGGCCGCAGACGGAGAGGAACAAGAGGAGGCGCUGCCGCCAGGGCUGCUGGAGCUGCAGCCGCCGCAGCAGCAGCUGCUGACGCUGCUUCUGCCGCCGCUGCAGCCGCCGCAGCAGCAGCUGCUGCUGCGAAUCCACAGAGCAGCAACUACAACAGCCUCACUAACCAAAGCCUUGAUACUCUUGCUGACGUUCAAGGUAGAUUUAUUGGGUGGCCGCCAGGUGUUGCAUCUUAUCAGCGGCUUCAGCUUCAAGGCUUGCGGGCAGGGGGCUUGGGAGCCUCUGCUGCUGCUGCUGCUGCUGCAGUUGCUGCUGCUGCAGUCGCUGCUGCAGCGCACACUGGCAGCUGUUUAAGGGCCCCACAGCCGGCCGCCUUCUCUUGGCCUGAAAGACAAAGAGGGUUUGAGAUGACUGUUGUGGAUGUCCGUUCUCCUAGGGAUCGGUGCUGCGGGAAGAUGGAGGAGCCUGAGAUGUUUGUUGAAGAGAUGCCUUUUCCUUCUUGUCUCCUUGUGGGGAGCGAGAGCUGCGUAGACCUUGCUGCAGCAGCAGACGCUGCUGCUGCUGCUGCUGCUGCAGUUGCUGCAGAUGGUGGGGUUAGUGGAGGCAGUCUUGUUGAGGGAGACGAAGAGGAGCAGCAAGCAGAGUCCGAUGCAAAUGCUCUUUUCUUGAAGGCCUUAAUGGUCUUACUCAGGAAGCCUCUCCCUCAUUCUUCUGUUCUUUUUGGCUGUUACGAAUCUCCAGAAAAAAAUAAAAUUGAGAGGGAAAGUAAACAAGAUGCGGCUUUCUUCUUGCGAGGGUAUUCGAUGCAAGACUAUGGGGAGACAGCAGGAGACACUAGGGCCUCCUCUGCUCCGGACAGCUGUCUCCUUGUGCCUCUUUACCCCGUGCAGCAGCCGCACGAGGACAAGCAGCACCAGCAGCAGCAGCAGCAGCAGGAUGACGAUGAUGAGCAGCAGGAGAGCCGAGCUGAAGAGUCCACAAGGGCAUCUCCCAGAGACCAGAGUGGAGCUCCUUGUUGUAUCGAAGCUCGCGAAGACAGAGAAGCCUUCUUAUCUUCCGUCUUAUCUCGUUCUUCAGGCCAAGCCAACAUCUGUGCAGCAGCGAAUGACUGCCUCUACCAGCUGACACGCUUUCAGCAAGCACCUCAGCAUGUGCUGCCUGCCAGCAGCAGCAGCAGCAGCAGCAACACGUCUUCCGACACUGCCCCUCCUAACCAGGAAUCAGCAGCAACAGCAGCAGAAGAGGCUGCUGCUGUCGCUGCUGCUGUUGUUGUUCAUCCUGUUGCAGCUUUCUCUGCUGCUGCGGCUGUGGUGUCUCCCGCUGCAAAGCCAAAGAGGGCAGGGGCUCCCCAGAGAAAAAGAAUAAACAUUCAGGAUAACGCCGACGGAGAGGUCGUGGGGCCCCCCAGCCGCUUGCUGUUGGAGGCAGGCGGUGUGGCGAGACGGGGCUCAACAGGAAACAGCAGAAGCGCUGAGCAGCAACUUAAGCGAAUAUUGCAAAAAGAGUCAAAAGAGUUCAGACGACAGCAUACAAUCCAGCAGCUACAGCAGCAUCAGCCCCAGCAGCAAGCGCAGCAGCAAGAGCAGCAGGCGCAACAGCAGCAACAGACACAGCAACAACAGCAGAAGCAACUGCAGUACCAAGAGGAAGCACCAAACAACACCAGGAAAAAGGAGGCUCCCUUAAACUGUGCUGUCUCUGCUGCUGCAGCACAAGCUUGUGGGCCUCCCGCUGCAGCAGAAGGUGUUGUUGCAACUGCAGUCGCUUUAGCAGGCAGUGCGUUGCUGCUACAGGUGCUGCGGUUACUGCCGCUGCAGCAGCAGCAGAUGCAGCAGCACCAGCAGCAGAUGCAGCAGCAGCAGAAGCACCAACAAAGAAAAAAGACUGCUGGAUUCCUGGAUAGUCCCCUCAAGCCCUUCGUCUGCCAAUUGUUGCAGCAAUGCCUGCGGGAGCAGCAGCUCCAACAGAAAAAGCUGCAGCAGCAACAUCUGCAGCAGCAACUGCUACAGCAGCACCAUUCGCAGUACCAACAGCUACAGGAGCAACAGCUACAACAGCAACUGCUGCAGCAGCGAAAGCUGCAGCGCCAACAACCGCAGCAGCAGCUGCUGCAGCGACAACAGCUGCAGGAACAGCUGCAGCAGCGACGACUCCGGCAGCAACAGCUGCAGCAACACCAGCUGCAGCAGCAACUGCAGCAGCAACAUCUGCAGCAGCAACGGUUAAUUUCAGGUUUAAGGUCCUCAAGAAGAAUGCGAAGGAAAAAAGACGCAAAGUUGUGA